ACCAGGCAGGAGACGGUGGGGUGGAGUACAGGAAGCUGCUGACCCGUAUAUCUGAACAUGGGCGAAAUCUAAACACAACCUGGCAUAAAUCACAACUUCUUUCUUUCUUCCCUGUUUACGAACCAAAGGCUGCGGAGAUCUGUGGUAUUUUUAUUCUGGAUUGAUUGAAAGACAAACGGACAGAAGAUGUCUCGGGGAGUGAUCCAGCCCAGCCAGCAGAAACUGGCAGAGAAGCUCACCAUCCUCAACGACAGAGGCAUCGGGAUGUUGACCCGUGUUUACAAUAUCAAAAAGCAAGGACAAGUUUGGAAGGCAUGUGGCGAUCCCAAGGCUAAGCCCUCCUAUCUUGUCGAUAAGAACUUGGAGUCUGCGGUUAAAUUUAUUGUCAGGAAGUUCCCUGCUGUUGAGACACGGAAUAAUAACCAACAGCUGGCUCAGCUGCAGAAGGAGAAGUCAGAGAUUCUGAAGAACCUGGCUCUCUACUAUUUUACCUUCGUAGAUGUCAUGGAAUUCAAGGACCACGUGUGUGAGCUGCUGAACACUAUCGACGCCUGCCAGGUCUUCUUUGAUAUUACGGUGAACUUUGACCUGACCAAGAACUACCUGGACCUGGUGGUGACUUACACUACUCUGAUGACAAUACUGUCUCGCAUAGAGGAGAGGAAAGCCAUCAUAGGACUGUACAACUACGCCCAUGAGAUGACACAUGGAGCCAGUGACCGGGAGUACCCCAGGCUGGGCCAGAUGAUCGUGGAUUACGAGAACCCUCUGAAGAAGCUGAUGGAGGAGUUUGUUCCACACGGAAAGUCCUUGUCAGAUGCGUUGAUCAGUCUUCAGAUGGUCUAUCCCAGGAGGAAUCUGUCCGCCGACCAGUGGAGGAACGCCCAGCUGCUCUCUCUCAUCUCUGCCCCCUCCACCAUGCUCAACCCUGCACAGUCAGACACUAUGCCAUGUGAAUACCUGUCACUGGAUGCAAUGGAGAAGUGGAUUGUUUUUGGUUUCAUCCUGUGUCAUUCGGUGCUGAACAGCGACGCAGCAGCUUUGUCUUUGUGGAAGCUGGCUCUGCAGAGCUCCACCUGCCUCUGUUUGUUCAGGGAUGAAGUCUUCCACAUCCACAAGGCUGCAGAGGACCUGUUUGUGAACAUUAGGGGGUACAACAAACGCAUUAAUGACAUCAGAGAGUGCAAGGAACAGGCCCUGUCUCAUGCAGGCUCAAUGCACAGAGAGAGACGCAAGUUUCUCCGAUCAGCUCUGAAGGAGCUGGCUACUGUUUUAGCUGAUCAGCCUGGACUGCUCGGUCCUAAGGCAUUGUUCGUGUUCAUGGCGUUGUCAUUUGCCCGUGACGAAAUCAUCUGGCUGCUUCGACACGCAGACAACAUCCAAAAGAAAAGCACAGACGACUUCAUAGACAAACACAUAGCAGAGUUGAUCUUCUACAUGGAGGAGCUCAGAGCUCACGUCAGGAAGUACGGUCCAGUGAUGCAGCGAUACUAUGUCCAGUACCUGUCCGGGUUCGAUGCUGUGGUACUGAAUGAACUCGUGCAGAACCUGUCUGUGUGUCCAGAGGAUGAGUCUAUAAUCAUGUCUUCAUUUGUCAACACUAUGACCUCUCUUAGUGUCAAACAAGUGGAGGAUGGAGAGGUGUUUGACUUCAGAGGCAUGAGACUGGACUGGUUCAGACUGCAGGCCUACACCAGCGUCUCUAAAGCCAGCCUUGGUAUCGCCGAUCACAAGGAGCUCGGUAAAAUGAUGAACACCAUCAUCUUCCAUACAAAGAUGGUGGACUCUCUGGUGGAAAUGCUUGUGGAGACGUCAGACCUGUCCAUUUUCUGCUUCUACAGCCGUGCGUUUGAAAAGAUGUUCCAGCAGUGUUUGGAGCUUCCCUCCCAGAGCCGACACUCCAUCUGCUUCCCUCUGCUCUGCACACACUUCAUGUCCUGCACACAUGAGCUCUGUCCUGAGGAGCGUCACCACAUAGGGGAUCGUAGCCUGUCGUUGUGUAACAUGUUUCUGGAUGAGAUGGCCAAACAGGCCAGAAACCUGAUCACUGACAUCUGCACUGAACAAUGUACACUCAGCGACCAGUUGCUUCCUAAGCACUGUGCGAAAACCAUCAGCCAGGCCGUGAACAAGAAGAGCAAGAAGGCGACGGGGAAGAAGGGAGAGCCGGAGAGAGAGAAACCAGGAGUGGAGAGCAUGAGGAAGAACAGACUACUGGUCACCAAUCUGGAUAAACUCCAUACAGCAUUAUCUGAACUCUGCUUCUCCAUCAACUAUGUUCCCAACCUGGCGGUGUGGGAGCACACGUUCACACCGAGAGAGUACCUCACCUCACACCUGGAGAUCAGAUUUACCAAGUCUAUAGUGGGGAUGACCAUGUACAACCAGGCUACUCAGGAGAUAGCCAAGCCCAGCGAGCUGCUGACCAGCGUCCGGGCCUACAUGACGGUGCUUCAGUCCAUAGAGAACUACGUCACUAUCGACAUCACCCGAGUCUUCAACAACGUCCUCCUGCAGCAGACGCAGCACCUGGACAGCCACGGGGAGCCCACCAUCACCAGUCUCUACACAAACUGGUAUCUGGAGACGUUGCUCCGUCAGGUCAGUAACGGACACAUCGCCUACUUCCCCGCCAUGAAGGCCUUCGUCAACCUGCCCACAGAGAACGAGCUGACUUUCAACGCUGAGGAAUACUCUGACAUCUCCGAGAUGCGUUCACUGUCUGAGCUGUUGGGGCCGUACGGUAUGAAGUUCCUCAGCGAGAGUCUGAUGUGGCACAUCUCAUCACAGGUCGCUGAGCUCAAGAAACUGGUGGUAGAAAACAUGGAGGUGUUGACCCAGAUGAGGACGAGCUUUGACAAACCCGACCACAUGGCUGCCCUCUUCAAGAAACUCACCUCAGUGGACAGUGUGUUGAAGAGAAUGACCAUCAUUGGAGUCAUCUUGUCCUUCCGCUCUCUGGCUCAGGAGGCUCUCAGAGAUGUCUUAUCCUGCCACAUCCCUUUCCUGGUCAGCUCAGUGGAGGAUUUCAAGGACCACAUUCCCAGAGAGACGGACAUGAAGGUGGCCAUGAAUGUCUACGAGCUGUCAUCAGCAGCAGGUUUACCCUGCGAGAUCGACCCGGCUCUGGUGGUGGCUCUGUCCUCGCAGAAAAGUGAUCAAUCUCUAAAGACUAUUUUUGCCCUCCCUCUGCAACCUGGGCCAAAGAGAAUUGGGGAGAACAUCAGUCCAGAGGAGGAGUAUAAGAUCGCCUGUCUGCUGAUGGUGUUUGUGGCGGUUUCUUUGCCGACGCUGGCCAGCAACGUGAUGUCACAGUACAGCCCCGCCAUAGAAGGCCACUGUAACAACAUCCACUGCCUGGCCAAAGCCAUCAACCAGAUCGCUGCUGCUCUCUUCACCAUCCACAAGGGGAGCAUAGAGGACCGCCUCAAGGAGUUCCUGGCUCUGGCCUCGUCCAGCCUGUUGAAGAUUGGACAGGAGACGGACAAGAUGACGACGCGCAACAGAGAAUCUGUCUACCUGCUGCUGGACAUGAUUGUGCAGGAGUCUCCCUUCCUCACCAUGGAUCUGCUGGAGUCCUGUUUCCCCUACGUCCUGCUGCGAAACGCCUACCACGCCGUCUACAAACAGAGCAUCAGUGCUAACGCAUAGACACACACUGAACACACAGCGAAGGCCUACCGUGCUGUCUACCAUCAGAGCGCCAGAGCUCGUAUAUAGAUGCAUACACAGCAACAAAAACACACUAACAGCAUACACUAAAUACAAACUAAACACACUAAACUAUGCCUACAAUGCCUCAACGCACUAUUCAGACAAAAAGCGUCAUUGUUUUGACACACUAAAGUUCACUCUAAAUGCAGAACAAAUACACUGAACGCCAAGAGAACAUACAGAAAUCAGUGCACACAAGAAAAACACUGAAAAUUAAAUAUGAACAGAAACAAAAACACAUACACAUGAGCUGGAUGAAGUUGGGGGAUCAGUGUCUUUAUUUUCAUCAUUGUACUUUUUCAUGAUGUUGCCAGGGACCAUAACCAUCGCAACACGUAAUAUACCAUAUGUUUGGUUGGUAUAAAAGAACAAAAAUAUAAAUAUAUAGUAUAUAUAUAGUUGACACUAAAAUAUUAUUAUUUUCUUUUUCUUUUUUCACUGAAAGAUUUGAGAUUUUUAGUGGCCAGCUGAUGACUUCUAUGUGGUGAUGGAUUUGGAUGCUUACUUUGGGAAUGCAAAUGAUGCUGAUGUGAUGUGGGUUUUUUUGCUUUUAUGGAGGAGGAUUCCUGUGUUGAUAAUGAAAGACAUGUUGCUUGUUAACGUAAGUUUACACUUAAAUACACACACUGACAGACAUACCGAGCAGAUACUCUACACACGCUAAUCUUUCAACAUUUCGUAGUAAACAUACAAAAACAAACAUUCUUGUAUAACAUGGUGAUGUUUUCUUUCUUUUUUCAAGCUAGUCGUGAGAACUUUUUGUGGGUAAAGAUAUAAUAUCUGUAUUCUACUUUGAUGUGAACUGAACUUGUCUGUUUUUAAUGUUUAUGUUUUGUUAUUUUUAUGAUGACGACAAUGAUGAUGAUGACGAUUUGCCAAAUGUGUUGACACUAAAAAAGAAAAAAAAGUUGUGUAUCAGGGCUUGGACGUGGUGGAGUGUUUGGGUAUUAAUGGGUGAAAUGCCAUUUUAAGUGUUUGGACAAAAACAAUCCGCCUGACUCUGCGGGUAACAAAAAAAAAAGGGUCACACAAGAACUUUUACAGUGGGAACAAACUUUUAAAAAGUACUGCAGUAAAAUUACGAUUAUAGGCGUGAAGCAGGCAUCCCAUCCUGCUGCCAGAGAUUCCUCAGCUGUUGUUAGUCAACUCUCUCUGAUUGAGGUCCAGUAGGUGCUGCUCUUUUUCUCCAACAGUGUAAAGUAGAAAAUUAAAAAGCCAGUGCAAAAUAUAAUUUAUAUGAUCUCUUGCAAAACACAGCAGCCUCUGGCUUCUAAAAUAACAAAACUUUCUUUAUUGAGGGAAUUUUUGCUUUUCUGUCUUUUCUUCUUUUUUUCUCUUUUUUUUUUUUUUUUUACAGUUGCAGUCUUGUAGUGCUGGCCACCAACAGGCCUUACUAAAGCAGCUGGGGUCCACCAUCGUACACUCUGUGGUUAGAUACAUGUCUUAACUUUUAACAGGAGUAAUUAAAGUAAAAUUUAACCUCCACAGAGAAAAACCCUAAUUGAUCUCACACCUGUGAAACAAAAACCUGGAGCUGCAAUAAGACAAAAAUAAAUGUAUAUAUAUAUAUAUAUAUACACUCUUGGUGAUGCUUUCACUGGAUUUUAGUUUCAAUUGCAGUUGAAAGGGAAACUCUCCAUAUGAGCAGUUACAUUUUCGCGAUGGUUGUACGGGACCUUUUAGGACAGACGGCCUCCAGACAGACGGACGACUUUUACAAAGUGCAGUCUGAUUUAUUUUUUAUCUUUUCUCUCAGUCAAGGCAUGGCAAGGGCUACAUAUAGAGACACAAACCAUGCUCCCUUUAUGCCAGCCCGCUGCUAAUGUUUUACUAACACCAGGGCUCUGUCUAAAAGCUCAUAGUGCAUACUAUUCAAGACUACACCCUUACUUAGGACUGUCAAAAUCUGGAAGCAGCAUUUACAGUAUGUAGCAGGAAUACACUUAAAUCUAGUAAAUGAUAUGUGUGCACUUUACAGUAGAUUACAUGUCUUUAUUUCUACUGUAUGUGUAGUCGGUAGUAUGCAUUAUAAGCAUGUAAGGACAGAUCCAUGGCCUCAUUCUGCCAUUUGAUGUGGAAUGGUUGCUGUUUUUUCUUUCUAACCUUUUUUUUGUGUCUGAUUCCACCGUGUAACUUAAAUGACAUGAAUAAAAUAAACUUUAGGGCUGUGUCAGACCUGA